GAUGGAUCUAUUUAAAUUAACUGAUGAUAAAGAAUUAACAAAUAUAACUAGUCAAGAAUGUAUUGAAUGUUUGGAUUAUAUUAUUUCAAAUCCUAUUCUAAAUUGUAACGACGAUGGCUAUACUAUUCUAAGUAAUAUCUAUAAUUUAUUACGUCAUUUCUCUAAAGUCUAUGACAUUCAGAAAAAAGGUCUUUUUAGCCUAAGAUCAUUAUUCCUUCAUUAUCCCUCUUCCGUGCAAUACAUUGGUUAUCAAGCUAAUCAAGUACCUAUACACGAUUUCGUCAUAAAUUCAAUAAGAGUAACGGAUGUGAGAAACUAUGAAUAUUUUGGAGCUUUAUGCGACCUAAUUUAUCAUAUUGCGGCAGAUAAUGGUGUUAUGCAAUUAGCUUUUAUGAAUAAGAACGUUCAUCGUUUAUUGAAUAAGAGGCUGCACGAAGCGUUACCAGCUUUAAGAAUAAAUAUAAUACGAUCGCUAAGAGCUUUAUGCCUAUUCAGCUUUGAACAUAAAGAACAAUUAAUCAAGCUUGAUUUCCAUAAAAAAGCCUGUAAAAUCCUUAAGGAAUCGGCUCCUCCCACAGAUUUGAUAAUUAAUUGCGUAGCUUUGGUUGCUAGUUUAUGCGACAAUGUCUUUCAUUUCAAAUGCGUUCAGUCAUUAAACCUCUUAAUAGACUCAGACACGAGUGUCCCUCAAAAUGUCAUUGCCGUCUUAAAGCUUGGUUUCAAAUCUAAUUGGCUACCGCUAAUCUCAGAAUCCUUAGCUUUAUUAUCUCUACUUUGCCAAGUGAAAAGAAACGUUCUACGUGGGGAAGAACAAGAGUUUAUUAACCUUUUAGUAUGCCACUACGAGAAUUUACCAGAUGAGAAUAAUUUAAAGGAAACAAUGGAAAUUAGUAUUUGGUAUUUGAUACAGGAUUCAGUCACCCUAAAAUCUCUUUUAAACUCUUCAGUAGAGCAAAAGAAUUAUACGCUUGCCCAUUGUCUUAUACUGUUGGAAAAGGAUAAGAAAUUAGCUCUUCAAUACGCACUUCGUAUGAGAGAUUUUCCGUUAUGUAAAACCCUUUUGCAACACGGUACAAACCAUUCAUCAAAAGAAAUUGUAGCAGAUUUUCUAAAGGAAGGAGAUAAUGAUUUGAUUUCAUUAGUUUUGAAAAACUUUGGCUACUUUCCAAAAGAUCAAGCUCUUAGAUGGUGUAAUUUUCAAUUGGAUAAUCUGCAACCGGAAUGGAUAAUUAAAGCAUUAUCAAAAGAUAUUUAUGAACCUUCAUUAUCGGGUAAACCAAAUACAAUAAAACUCAAGGUAUCUGAAAAAAUUGAAAAGGAACAACACGUUCAAAGACCAAAAUCCAGUAAACUGAAAUUCAAGUUACCCGUCUUUAGACACGGAUCGGUCGCCAGUCGAGAAGGUAUUGAAUUUAGAAGGCAAUCUCUAGCAAAUAGUUUUCCACCAUUAACGUCAAAACGCAACUUAAAUCGUCAAUAUUCGGAUAAAAUUUAUAGAAAUAUGGCGCAAAGAAUGAUAUUUGUUUUCGACAAAGAAGAAUACGAGUUUUGGAGGAGUUCGAGUAUCAGUUCAUGUCAAGUAGCCUUCAACGCUCAAUACGAUAUUCGAUUUCGUUAUAAAAACGAUAGCGAUAAAUAUGUCAUGUCGAUUGAGGAAGCAAAUGUUAUUUGGAAAAGAAGAAGUUUUGGUUUCUCCCAAGAGAGAGACUAUAAUUUGUCAAAUAUCUCCCAAUUAGAAUCGUUAGAAGAGAGUUUAAUGAUAGAUUCGCAAGAUAAUGAAAAUAACCGUCCAUUUCGCUAUAAAUCUAAUGAGGAUUUAGAUACGUCUUACGAAGAGCUGGCAAAGAGCGAUUGUAGUCUAGAACUUUGCGAAAAUGUACGAAAACAUAAUUCCUAUAGAGAAGAGAGAAAAAAUUUAAAUAUCAAAAAGAUAAUCGAAGAGAAAAAGUCCAAAAGUUUUAUGGCGUUAGUUCCAAGUCUAAAACCAUACAUUUCCAACAUUUCGUAUAUUAACGCAAGUGGUAAUAAGAUAGGGAAAAUUCCUGUUGAAAUGUUUAGAAACUUGCCCCUACUUAAAGAACUUGACUUGUCGAAUAACGAAAUAGAAGAAUUACCAAACAGUUGGACUUGUCAUAGAUCGUUGGAAAGUAUCAACUUGAGUAAUAAUAGAAUAGAAUCUAUAAAUUACAGUCAAGUUUGUAUGAGCUUAACGGAAUUGUUAGUGGCAAGUAACAAAAUUAAAUUAUGGCCUCAACAAAUAGCCAAGAUAUUUCCAAUGUUAAAAAUAUUAGAUCUAUCAAUGAAUCAUAUUCAACUUUUACCUAACAAAUGCAUUGAUUUAAGACUUCUUACUAAUUUAUCAAUUAGUAAUAAUCACUUGAAAAUCAUACCCGAAUACUUUCUAAGACACUUUCUAAGUAUAGAAACUUUAAAAUUAUGCAAUAACUUAAUAGAAUAUCUUCCUAGCAGCGAAACUGCUCACAAACUCCUUAAAUUAACUCAUUUAAAAUUGGCUAAUAACAAGAUUAACUGCUCAAAAACAAAUUUGACGUCAUUUGCCUUUAUUCUUGCUCUGCCCAACUUACGAACGCUUGACGUUUCUAGCAACGAAAUAUACUAUCUACCGAGACCUUCGCUAUGGAUAAGCCGUAGUUUGACCGAACUGCUAUUAUCCCAUAAUUCUAUUGAGAAGAUUGAUAUAAAUCACAACGAAGCAAAAGAUUGGCGAAAAAUAGAAAGGAUAGAUUUAUCAUUUAACAAUUUAAAAUGUAUAUCUAAAGAAAUUGGACAUUUGACAAAUUUGGCGUCACUUAAUCUAAGUAACAACCCUUCAAUUAAGUCUAUGCCAGACGAACUAGGAAGAUUAUGCCAUCUAUGGGAAUUCCCAACAACUAAUUUAAAUUUAGACUUACCCGAUACAAUAAUUAAUGGUAGAACAAGGGAUUUAAUAAAAUUUUUAAAUCAAAAACUCAGGAAAUCGAAAUGUUUGAAUCAAGUGAGAUUAAUAAUAGUUGGAGAUGAAAAAAGCGGUAAAACAUCAAUAGCGAAUAGAUUAAUGUGUAGUAGCGGUAAUAGUAAACAAAAUGUAAAAAAUCCAUUUAAUAUAUGUGGAAUGUUUGUCUCGGAAUGGAAACCUUUUAGUCGGAAAUAUAUAAUAUCAAUAUGGGAUAUGUUCGGAGGAGAGGACGUCUAUUCAAUAAACAUGAAAUUCUUUUCAAAGAGAGCAGUCUAUAUAAUAGCAAUAAAUUUGUUAGAAGAAGAAGGAUGUUGGAAGAAAUCAUUAAAGAAAUGGUCAUGUAAUAUUUACAGUAAAUCUCCUUACUGUCAAAUAAUUGUUGCGGCAACUCAUCUGGAUAGAAUUCUACCAAAAAUUCGUACGAAAACUGUUAGUAAUUUAUUCAAGAUUGUACGAAAAGAGAUAUCUAACGCGAAUUUCGGAGUUGUUAAAGAGAUUGUUGUGCUCGAUGCGAGUAGAAAUAAUCCCGGUACAAAUUUAUUAAAACAAUCGGUUCUAAAUACCUUUGACAGGUAUGAAGUAAGUGGUCAAAAGGUAAUUGAAGAAAAAGUUCCUGCCGCUUACAUUAAACUUUGGAGUUUAUUAAUAGGCUCAUGCGGUAAAAAGAAUAUCAUAACUCAUAAUGAACUAAGAGAGAUGGUAAAAUCUAGUUCCCUUGACCUAUUUGAAUCAGAAAUACGACAAGCGGGUAGAUUUCUUCACGAUACUGGCUGCAUAUUGUAUUUUAGUAAAGAUAUGCCAAAUUUAUACUUUCCCUGCCCUUUAAUUCUCUGCAAUAUCCUUUCCGAUUUCCUCACCUCAAAUCCUAUAUCAACUGUCUCUACUACGGCAAUAAUAGAUUCGAAAAGUGUACAUGACGCAGCCAAACAAAUUAACUUACCUGAAGAGAUGAGAGGGCAAUCUAUAAAUGCCCUUUUAAAAUUUGAAUUAAUCAUUCCAGUUUGGGAGGAUCAAUAUUUAUUGCCAAUUAAACUGGACAAACAUUUUAAUAGAUAUCAAGACUUUCUAAUAGAAUACGGAAAGGACGAAAAUGUUAUAGGAGCAAAAUAUAUUUGUACGUUUAUACCCUUUGGAUUUUGGCCUAAAUUAUUAAGUUUUCUACUUAGUCAAGUAGAUAAAACUGUUCCAAAGGAAGACUUUUAUAGUAUUAAAAUCGACAACGACAAUCUAAUUAUAAGCGUUAAGCAAUCUGUAAACGCUUAUAGAACUCUGGCCAACAUCAUUGGAAAGAUUGAAACGCUCUUCAAUGAAUGGUACCCGAAUCUUCUUACAAGAGAUGGUUUUGGUGUGCAACACGUUACAAGGGUUGCUUUGUGCACAAAGUGCCAACAUUCGUUCGACGUCGAAUCUAUCGAAGAAAUAUCUUGUCAUAAAGAUAACAUUUGGUGUCCAGAUCACCGCGAUUUCAUUUUAUUGGAAGAUCUAGUACCGGAUUUUUAUUUGAAAUUUCUAGAGAAGCACUUGUUAUUUGAUAAAAACGAUACGAAUUUUAAUGAAAAAAGCUCAAAGAGCUUAGGUUAUGGAGCGUUUAGUAGAGUAUUCAAGUCAUUAUUGAAAAAGAGACAUGUUGCUGCAAAGGUCUAUUCUAAAAAGGCAAGGGGACAAGUUAUGUAUGAGUUGUUAAUACUAAGUACAAUUAGACAUUCUUCGAUUAUUGAAUUAUACGGUAUAUUACCAAAACCACCAAUAAUAUUCCUUCAAUUGGCUCCGAAGGGAUCUUUAACCGAUAUUUUAAAAGAGAAUUUAUCAACUUGCCUAAAACUACAAAUAUGCUUGGAAAUUAUAGAGGGUGUUGAAAAAUUACACAAUUCUAAUAUCAUCUACAGAGACCUUAAACCAGACAAUAUCCUAGUCUUUUCUUUAGACAAAACCGACGGUAUUCAUAUUAAAUUAACUGAUUUUGGAAUUGCCCGAUGGGUACCACCCUUCGGCUUAAAAUCAAAUGAAGGAACUCCUGGCUACAGGGCACCGGAAAUUAUAAAUACCGUGAUAUAUUCGUUUAUGGCCGAUGUAUUUUCCUAUGGAAUUACGAUUUAUCAACUAUUUUACAAUGGGAAACAUCCUUUUGGAGAUGCUCAUUUUCCAGCCCAAUUGGAAGAUUCUAUUGUUGAGCUAUCGGAUUCUAGCCCGUUAAUAAGAUACGACUCUCAUUGGAUAGGCAUUCAAUCGUUAAUUGGUUCAUGCUUAGCAAGCCAACCGGAGAAACGAUCUCCGGUUCCAAUCUCGGAGAAUGUUGCUGUUGAAUGUUGUUGCGUCACUCCAGAAGGAUUUUUAUUUAUGGCCUGUUGCAGUGAGGAAACUGUUUAUGUACAAAAAGUCGACACAAUUAACAGACAGUCGCAGGGUAUUCACAUUCCUGACAAACGGUUUAUCUGUGUUUGUCAUUUCGACGAAAGGGUAAUAUUCGGAAGUCAAUCGGGGUUAUUAUGGAUCUUUACUGUCAAAAGUCUACAAAAGAAUCAUUAUAUUAAUUCAACUGGUGAUGCUAUUGUCUGUCUUUUAACCGUAGCUCAACAGUCAAGUCCAAAGCUUUUAGUUGGCUUUGCCGACGGAAGCGUUUCUUCCUACAAUCUUAGAGAUGUAUUAUCCGAUUCUACAACAAUACCUUUGCAAGUAAUACGAACUGGAAGAAAUUGCAUACACGCAUUAUCUCCGAUGGAUAGAAGGGGUUCUAAGAUAGCUAUUGCCUGCGGUUCGGAAAUUAAAAUAUUAUACAACCAACAAGGAUUUUACAAUAUAUUCGAUCACGUUAAUUCGAGCAACAGCAAUAGAAUAAUUGGGUUAGAAUGCUGCAGAAAUACCAUAAUUGUUUGUAGGAGGAACAGCGUUACAUUAGAAAAAUGGUCUGGUAGGUCUAAAGAAAGAAGGAAGUUAAUAGACGCCUACGAUUGUUCUCAUAUCGUCUCAUCGAUUCAUCUUACCAAAGUCACCUUGUGGAUUGGCAAUAAGAAUGGCCAAAUAAAUUUACUGAACGCCGUCGAUUUUAAACCUUUACUAUGCGUACAAGCUCAUUACGAUUCCGUUAAGGUGCUUUGCUCCGGCUACGGAUACGUCAUUUCCUGUGGAUACGGAUGGGAAGAUGAAGGAGAAGGAAAACUAUCGGACUGUAGCUAUGUUUUAGUUUGGGAUCAAGAUUUUGGACAAAUAUAUGAGCAAUUUCGUAAAUAUCAAAUAUUAAGAAAAGAAUCAUCUAUACAAUCGUAA